AUGGCCGUCGAGACGCUGAACGUCUUGACGCGGACCUGUACUGGUACGUUGGAAAACCCUCCGACUGAUACGUCGGAGUUGACCUCGCUUCCAGUCAUGAGCUGGAAGCGCUUCGCAAAGAGCCUGUACCAUGGACGUAUCGAACAGCUAUGCAUUCUUUCAGAGCGCGAAAGAAUGACAAGCGAAGCGGAAGAGUUGAGGCAACUCUUCGCUGGAAGCGCCACUGAGAGCGAGGAUACUCUCAGUGCCAAGACCAAGAAGGAGCACUUCGAGGAGCAGACUGAAGUCGAGUCCCUAUUACGAGAUUCUGCGAGAACACAAGGACGUGCUCCCGGACGAGAUCCCUGCGGAGCUUCCCACGAGAUUGAUCUCGUGCCGGGAUCGAAAUAUUGCGUGACGCGGCAGUGGCCACUGCCGCGAGAGCAAAGCGAGGAUACUCUCAGUGCCAAGACCAAGAAGGAGCGCUUCGAGGAGCAGAGUAGGGACUCCCUGAAGUCGAGUCCCUAUUACAAGAUUCUGCGAGAGCACAAGGACGUGCUUCCGGACGAGAUCCCCGCGGAGCUUCCGCAGGACAAGGGAAUACAGCACGAGAUUGAUCUCGUACCGAGAACGAAGUAUUGCGUGACGCAUGAGUGGCCACUGCCGCGGUAG